UUAUGGUGUCUAUAAAUGGCAGCCCGUUGUAUUAUUCCGCGAGCCUUCAAUUGCCGCGUACAGGCGAUCCCUCUUUGUUCUAUUCGACUCGGGCCAAACCCUAGCAAGAUCUCAGCCAUGUCGUCCAAGCAAGGAGGGAAAGCAAAGCCUCUGAAGCAACCCAAGGUUGAUAAGAAGGAGUACGACGAGGUUGACAUGGCCAACAUUCAAAAGAAGAAGGAUGAGGAAAAGGCUCUCAGGGAGCUAAGAGCUAAGGCCCAACAGAAGGGGACCUUUGGAGGUGCUGGGCUCAAGAAGAGUGGGAAGAAAUGAGGGUUCCCACACAACAUAUGUAGAUUACUUGAGCUGAAAUUGCAGACAUCUGAUGUCGUUUUAAUCAAAUGAUUGUGUGACAUGUUAUCCUCUGCAUGAACCGAAUAAAAACGCUUUUCUACUCUCUCGUUAUGUUCUGUGUAAAAACCUAGAAGAAUAUUUGUGAUGGAAAUAUGUGAUGAUCCUUGUUUCUGGAAUGAUAUCAUAGAAGUUCAAUGCUUUUCAAGUUUA